CAACGCUUUUUUUCCCCCAGCAGCUGUUUAUGGAAAUAAAAAAAGCUUUCCAGCUUUGUCUUAAAAAUCACUUUAACUUCAAAGUCAGACACUUGGCUAAUUAGUUUUCUUAGCAAGAUGUUCUUGAUUCUAAUACCUUUGAUUAGCUGUGUGCUGGCUAUCCAAGCUGGCUCAUUGGAAGAAGUCUUCAGGAGCAACCAGGUGGUGCCCGAUGUUAUUGCCCAGGCACCAGAUCAGUUACUAAAGGUGACAUACAACAAUGGUCUGGUGGCCAAGGAUGGUGUGGAGUUUACGCCCACCCAAGUGAAGGAUCAGCCACAGGUGGAGUGGAAUGCCCAGCCCGGUGAAUUCUACACACUCAUUAUGACCGAUCCCGAUGCACCCAGUCGGGCUCAGCCCAAGUUCCGGGAGUUUAAGCACUGGGUUUUGGUUAAUAUUGCUGGAAAUGACUUGACAACUGGUGAAGCAAUCGCCGAAUACAUUGGAUCCGGUCCACCCCAGGGAACGGGUCUGCAUCGCUAUGUCUUCUUGCUGUACAAGCAACCUGGAAAGCUGGAGUUCGAUGAGGAGCGGGUUAGCAACAAGUCAAGAAGGGAUAGACCCAAAUUUAGCGCCUCCAAAUUUGCCCAAAAGUAUAAGCUGGGCAAUGUCGUAGCGGGUACUUUUUACCAAGCUCAAUACGAUGACUAUGUACCAAAACUGCAUCAGCAGCUGUCCGAAAAUUAAUUAAUUAUACACAGAUAAUUCUUUCUGAGAAUAUGCACACUCUUAAGGAGCUAAAAAUUAAAUUGAUUUAACUAUUGUAAAGUUCUUAGUGAACUAAAGUUGCCUUAAACAUCUUUAAAUAACUAUUUGGGCCUUAUUGGAUUCGUUUUUUCAGACAACAAAUAAAUAAUUCAUAAAUAAACUAUUCACCACUUCCACAGAA